AUGAAUACCUCUCCAAUAUGUUUUGGUGCGAGAGACAACUCGUUUGGCAGCUUUGUUGUUCCAUCUAGCGGCAAACUGGCAUCAGUAAGACUGGUCCACUUGUAUGGUUAUGUUACAUGCGAUAAAAGAAAUCGCGCCUAUUGGUCCUUUUGGGGCUGCGGCCACUACCCUGAAGACGUAAACGUUGUAAUAACAACCUCGGCUGAUAACAUUCUUUUCCCCUCAAACGAGUUCUUCACUGGAUUGGGACUCAAGCGGUCUUCGAUUCCUGGUUACAACUCGCUUUCUCCAGAGCUGGUGUUGUGGGCUGUCUCCAAUCCUCCAAACGUGGCUGGAGGACAGGAACUCCGUUUGUGGUACGGCCCAGAUUUGGCGAAUAGCCUUGAAGGCAACAAUGGAGGAACAUCGUGCUGCCAUGUUUAUGUUCGCUUAAUAUAA